GGCAGAGCGUUGCCACGAUCAAGUCAGAACGUUUUCAGACAUGGCAAAGAACGUCGGUAGUAUCCUCCUGCUAACAUUCGUGCUAUCGUUUGCACAAGCAGACGAGCACGAGCAACGACGAAAUACGCCGCCGGAACUAACGCCGGAGUCGGUCGUCAAAACGUUGAGUGAUGAAAAGCCCGAGACGCGUCUCCUCUCCUUCAACCCUGUCACAGCGACUGUUAGUUUAAACGCGGGGCGCAACAAUGCGCAUUCUGUCAGUCUGGGCGCAAGCCUUGACGGUAUUAGCCUCUCGGAAAGUAACAGUUACAACCACCCUACAAAAUAUGGAAUUGAUGAAUCUCCCGUUUCCGUAAGUAAAUCUACGUCUGUUGCCGCAGGAUUAUCAGGAAUCUCUACGGCAGGCGCGAAAGCUUAUAGCGACGGUAGCAAUGCCAAAACCGAAAGCCAUUCGCACAAUUUCGAUCAAGCAACCGCAACUUCUUUCGGAAUAGUCGAAAAUGGACGUGCGAUUACCGGCGCUGCGUCUUCCGUUGGUGCCUCGCAAUCCUCUGCUGCAACUAGUGGCAAUCGAAGACAAUUCUUCUCGCAAACUGAUGCCGUCAGGGCGCAAUAUCCGUAUCGACCGAUAUGGAACAAUGUUGGUCCAAACAAUGGGCACAAUGGCAAGUAUCAACGUUUCAAUCGACCCACGUUGACUAUUUGGAAACCGUAUGAUGGAACACGACCGACAUUGGAUAUCGAUGUGUAUGGCUCAUCCAGGCGAGAAGAAAAGCCGACGAUUCAUAUCCACAAAUGGCGACCUGAUCACCAAAUAUUUUCCCGGCCAGGUCUAUCGAUCGAACAUCAACCGCGCGACUCUUGGAAUGAUCAAACACGUGGAUCGACGAGUUUUCGUGAAUAUACCUCAGGGAACACUCAAAGUUGGGAAAGUGCAUCUUCCAAACAUGUUUCUAGUGGUUCUUUCGAUGAAGACAAUUCCAAGGGUACAUCGACCUCGGGACGUCAAGGUGGGAAUUCCGUGACGCGGGUCAACGUUCAAGCAAUCGCGUCAUCUGAAGAAGGAUUCUUCCCUAAAGGUGGGAGUGCGCAAAGUCAGAUUAUACCAUUGCAAUACGUCGGAAGCAAAGAUUCUGAGCGAAGACAACCCGAUAGUGAUAUUUUAUCUGAUCUCGCGGAGACUGUUGGCGAAUUGUUCGACGUUUUAUGAUGGAAACGAAAAGAAAUGUUAAAAAAAAAAUUAUUAUUUAUACAAGUUAUUUUAUAUCAGUUUGAAUUUUAUAUUAUGAUAGAUAUUUUAUUUAUAGGUAUUCAUUGUGUAAUCAAUCUUAACAAAGCGAUCGAUUAAAUUUAUAUCUUGUACGCUUCUUUUCUUCGCAAUAUUUUUCAUCAAUAAUGAAUUAUAAAACUUCAGAUUUUAUGACAUCGAUAUUUUCUUAAAGUUUCAAUAACAUUGUAUCAUAUUCAUUUUUACAAAAAUUUAUCUUAAAUUAGUUUAUUCCGUUCGUCUUCAAUUUGUGUUACUAUUUAUAUUUUUCGUAGCAAAAAUGAUGAAAUGUAUCCGGAAGUGGCUACAGGUGACAGCACCAAUUGAGUUACGUUAAUAAUUACCGUGCGCGCGAUUCAUGAUGUAAUUUAGUAUUCCUCCUCUCACUUUAAAAUUCUGUAUGCCUCAUCGUGCUUCCCGGAAAAUGAUUCGCGAGAAGAUAAGUUGUAAUGAGAUAUAAACUUCACACAAUGCAAGAUCAAAAGAAUCAAAAGAAAAUAAUUUAUUAAACUUUUAGUUUUCUAUGAAGAACUUAAUAAACUUUUUAUCGUGACAUUUUCUAUCUAGAAAAUAUUCGGAGAAAGAAAAAAUGUAGAAGUGAAAUAUUGAAGACUCUAAAUAUUUUCUAUUCAUGUGCACACAAAUAAUAAAGCUGUUACAUUUCUGCGCUUACAUCCAUAACAUAAUAUUUUAUAUUUUAUAAAAUGCCCGUCACAUAAACGUUGAAGUUACUAUUUGCUAAAUAUUAGAUAAUAAAUAACUUGUUUAUCGAAAGAA